AUGCCUGCAGGAAAAAGCCAAGCUGCCCGGAAAGGGAAUCUCACUCAGAUUGAGAAAGAAGUCCGUGACUUCCAUGAGAGGAUAGACGUCCUUGAGGGAGAGGAUGAUUUGAUCCAGCUGCAUAUUUUACGUGAUAAAUUGCAGCAGCUCACAUCGAAAUAUCGUGCUGAGCAACAUGGUCUUAUCUCCUCCCAGGAAGACUCUAAGUCGAAAUUAGAGGAGCAGGAAGAACUCAGGGUGUUCAACGAGAGAGUGGAAAUCGUGGAAAAACAGCUGACAAAGAUAAUUUCCACAGUAAGUGUGCGAACUCAGUUAAAUUCCACGCCACAAGGAGGUUAUGUUAACACCUCCGGAAACCUCGAUGCAUCCGCAAUCUUGUCUCUCCUGAAGACAACACUGGAGCAACAAGAGCGUCAGCGGUCUGCUGACAAUGAGAAGUUCAACCUCUUAGCCAAGAAAAUAUUAGAGGCAGAGCCAUCAAGCUCAAUUGUCGUGGAGCCAGUGAAAGUUCCAGAAUUUGACGGCAAUUAUCGUCAAUGGAAACAAUUUCACUCCGUUUUCACAGCUCUAGUGCACAAUGAUGAGACAAUUAGCCCUGCUCAGAAACUCAGCCACCUCAAGUCUAAGCUCAAGGGAGUCGCAGCCGAUACAAUUUCACACCUGGAAAUCACCAAUGAGAAUUACGCAGCUGCAUGGGCAACUGUCAAGAAACAAUUUGACAAUAAACCGUCGAUCAUCGCAGCACAUAUGGAUUGCUUCAUGAAUCAACAGCCUUUGAAAGCAGCCACUGCGGCAGGUGUGAAGAAGCUACAAAUGACUUCAUCUUCUACUCUACAAUCACUGAGUGCCCUUGGAGUGCCACAGUCAGAUCCUUGGAUGAUACACAUUGUCUGCAAUAAGUUAGACAGCGAGACACGAUCGUUGUGGUUUAGAGAAUCAGCUGGACAACAAUCGUCGUGGGAUUUCUUCGAGGAAUUCUUGAUUAAAAGAGGUAGGGAAUUAGAAAUGACAGGUUCUAGUAAUCAUGUAAAGCCCCUCAAUUCUUUCAAGAGUUCUGCAAAGCCCACUAACAGCGACUCUAAGCCCAAAGUCGCCUCGAAUAUAGUUUCCCAAGGGACUACGCAAUGUCCUAUUUGCAAAAAGGGCCUCCAUAAAAUAUACCGGUGCAAGGCUUUCGAUGCCAUGGCGGUUUCGAAAAGAAGAGAAAUCGUGGAUUCGUUGAAAAUCUGUCGAAAUUGUCUCUCUGACACUCAUGAUGUCUCCCAAUGUAGUUAUCCUACAUGUAAAUUAUGCUCUCAGCAACACAAUAGGAUGCUACAUGAAGGCAAUUUCGUACAGCGCGAUUCUAAAAGGAUCCCUUCUACUGAAACCCCUUCAUCUACACAGAAAAAAACAAGUAUACAGUCCACUCAAACUGACACAGAAGUCAUAUCAAGCCACCCUGUCGCCUCAAGCGAUACUUGUGAUAAAAUCCCUCGCGUUUUAUUGGCAACAGCGGUUGUGCAAGUCGAAGAUUCCUUCGGGAAAUUCCAAUUGUGUCGAGUCCUGUUAGAUUCGGGCUCACAAGUGAAUCUGAUCUCCAAUAACCUCUGUCAAAGGCUGAGAAUGAAACCAUCUCCAGCCAACAUUCUUGUGGAAGGGGUUGGAGGGGGGAAUAAUUCCGUUAAACAACGGCUCAAUUUGAAUAUUAUGCCCCUCUUUGGAGACAGUCUGGACAAUCUCUCUGUUGAUUGUCUGGUAUUAAAAAAAGUCACUAGCAAUCAGCCUAACUGGUCCAUCUCUCACUCGGACAUUCAAAUUCCCGAGCAUUUGCAUCUUGCAGACCCUCAUUGGUACAAAAAUAGUCCAAUUGAUAUGUUAAUAGGUGCACAGCAUUUCUGGGAUAUUCUUAAAUCCGGAGUCGUUGAGUUGGGGAAUGAUCUUCCUUCUUUGCGGGAGACAUUGUUUGGUUGGGUUAUUGUUGGUGCAGUUCCCCCACCUUCUCCCUCUUUGGAUAAGGUGCCAUCUUCUCUCUCUCUUGAGAAGGUGACUUGCCAAGUGGCAUCUCACGCCACUUUGGAUUUCGAUCUGUCCCGGUUCUUCGAAAUCGAAGAUGUACCCGCUGAUAAGCCCGGCAAUUCAGAUCACUUGGCGGUUGAAUCCCUUUUUUUAACCACCACCAAACGUUCGCCAGAAGGCAGAUACAUUGUACAUCUCCCCUUCAAUAAGGACUCUAAUAGUUUGGAGAACAAUAUGUCCGCUGCCUGUCGACGAUUCCAUAAUUUGGAGCGCAGACUUAAUAAAAACCCAGCCCUCAAAAUUGAGUAUGGCAAUAUAAUACGGGAAUAUUUGAGUCUUGCCAUCGUGGAGAUUGUUCCUUUGAAUGAGUUGGAGAGUCCAUCGUUUUAUCUCCCGCACCAUUGCGUCAUUAAGGAGCAAUCCUCAUCCACAAAGGUGCGUAUCGUAUUUAACGCGAGCGCCAAAUCUCGAUCGGGUCUGAGUCUAAAUGACUGCCUAAUGGUAGGCCCUAGUAUACAACCCACUCUCGUUUCGAUUCUGUUGCAGUUUCGGUACAAACCCUACGCUUUCACUUGUGAUAUAGUGAAAAUGUAUUUACAAGUUCUAAUACACCCUCCUCAUCGCGACUAUCAGAGAUUCGUCUGGCGGGAUGAUUCAUCCCAAAAUCUGACUCACUACCGUUUCCGCACUGUUUGCUUCGGUGUGGCGUCGUCGCCAUUUCUAGCGACACGUGUUCUCCAUCAAAUUGCGUUGGACGAGGAACUGUUCAAUCCGUUGGCUUCCAAGGCAUUGCGUAAUAAUUUUUACGUUGAUGACUGCGUAUUUUCCGCAAAUAGUAUUGAGGAAGCCCAGUCCACAAAGCAACAAUUGAUUGCGAGCCUUAGGCAAGCGGGAAUGGAAUUAUCUAAAUUCCGAUCUUCAUUUGACGCGGACACGCAAAACGAUGAUUCAGAGAAACGGGAACUCCUGCGUUCGGAGUCUGGGAAAACUUUGGGGGUGGAAUGGGACAAUAAGGCAGAUGUAUUUGGAUUUAAGCUCUGUCAAAGGGAUUUGGUCAGUCAAGCUGUAACGAAGAGAAAUAUCCUUUCAACCGUGGCUAGAAUAUUUGAUCCUAUUGGGUUAGUGGGUCCGGUUGUGGUCGCCGCAAAGAUUAUCCUUCAGGAGGCAUGGUUAUGUAAGGUCAAUUGGGAUCAGCAGCUGCCCGAUAUUCUACGCGAUAAAUGGUUGAAGUUCGUUCGAAGUCUUCCUAAUAUCGGGAACCUUCAAAUUCCUCGGUGUGCGUCGUCUUUAGAGGAUUGUGUAGCACAAGAACUACAUGUUUUCAGCGAUGCCUCAAUGGAAGCUUUCGGCACGUGUGUUUAUUUGGUUUCGGUCUUACAAUCCGGAACUCGAAUUUCAAACCUAUUAAUUUCAAAGUCACGUGUCACCCCUGUGAAAGCCAAUAGUGACAAUCCUCGUCCACUCACAAUUCCCAAAGCCGAAUUAUGCGGUGCCGUCCUUGCCACAAAACUUGUUGAAGUGGUUUCAAGCGCUAUACAAAUUUCCGCGAUUUACUUCUGGUGUGAUGCAGAAGUUGUCAUUCACCAAAUUCAUAAUUCUGAGAAAAAGAGAGAUGUCUUUACGCGAAACCGUGUCCAAGAAAUCUUGAAACGUUCAGAUCCCGUGAAUUGGCGGCACAUACCAGGCACUGAAAAUCCCGCGGAUAUUUUGUCAAGGGGAGCUUCCCCAGACGCGCUGAUUGCCAACCGUUUGUGGUGGCACGGCCCUCCAUGGCUCCAAGAGUCAUGUGAGAAUUGGCCUUUGGCUUAUUGUAGAUCUAAGGGAGGGGGAGCUAAUGAUUCUCCCCAAGUUACUUUGACCCUCACAUCUAAAUGCGAAUUCCCAAGUAUCUUCGAACAGUUGCUAUCUCGUUACAGUGAUUUCGACAAAAUGAAAAGGAUUCUUGCGUUUGUGAAGUUCAAGGUGGUCCCUGCGUUUAAAAAUCGGACGAUGGAUUCUCCUGCUCUUUCAAUUGGGCAGUCCCAGCGAAUGACACGUCAAACCAGACCUCUCAAAAUUUCGCUCACUGUGACUCAAAUCCGUUAUGCGGAAACUAUGAUCGUCAAAUGGGAUCAAGAGUGUCAUCUCUCCCAUGUGAUUCAGGCCGUUCAGACGAACACAAUUGAUUCAGAUCGACGUUUCAAACAAAUUCGAAAACUCCGCCCCUUUUUGGAUAACCAAGGUUUGUUAAGGGUUGGUGGGAGGUUGGUGAAUGCCGACGAAACGUAUGAUGCCCGUCAUCCUAAAAUACUUCCGAAGGGAUCCCUAUCAAUUCUCAUCGCGCGUCGUGAACAUGUCCUCAUGUUACAUUGCGGUCCACAGUUAAUGAUGGCCUCUUUACGCCAGCGCUAUUGGCCAUUAGCAGGUCGCAACCUAACAAGAAAGGUAUUCCGAGAAUGCGUGACAUGUAUACGCUCUAAUCCAAUUACUCAAUGUCAGCUCAUGUCGGAUUUGCCUGAGGGCAGGGUAAACUUUAGUCGUCCAUUCACGCGCACGGGAUGUGAUUUCGCGGGCCCUAUUUCAAUUAAACUUGAAGGAAGACGAGCAGCCACCCUAAAGGGAUACAUAGCAGUAUUCGUCUGCUUCUCCACCAAGGCUGUGCACCUGGAAGCCCUAACAUCUCUGUCGACCGAGGCGUUUAUCUCGAUGUUUCGUAGAUUUGUAGCUCGGCGAGGGCUCCCGGCCCAGUUUUACACUGAUAAUCAAACCACCUUCGUAGGUGCUGACCUUGAAUUAAGGAGGGCGUUCAGGGAUAUCGAAUUCAAGGAGAGCCUGAACAAUUUUUUCAUUGGAAGUGAAAUCCAAUGGUGUUUCGCACCACCACGCGGUCCCCAUCAUAACGGUCUUUGUGAAGCGGCGGUCCGAUCUUGUAAGACACACUUAAGGAAGGUCAUUGGUCAAUGCACGCUUUCAUAUGAAGAACUUUCGACUUUGCUGUGCCAAAUCGAAGCUGUCUUAAACAGCAGGCCCUUAGUCAAAAUGUCAAAUGCGAUCAAUGAUCCACAGUUCCUUUCUCCGGGGCACUUCUUAACGGGUUCAGCUUUGACCCAAUUGCCAACGCAAUCCUUUGAUGAUGUUCCCAGUGGGAGAUUGGACAAGUGGCAAAUGCUUCAAAAACUUACCCAGGACUUUGCCAUCCGCUGGAAGCGAGAUUAUCUGCACUCGCUUCAAACUCGAAGUAAAUGGGACAGUGAAAAUGAAAACCUCAAAGUGUCAGAUAUUGUCCUAAUAAAGGACGAUCUCCUUCCUAGUACACACUGGUCCCUGGGGAGAAUCGAGAGGGUUUUUCCACAACAGAACGAUGAAAAAGUUCGAGUAGUUGAAGUUCGAACCAGUAAGGGUUUAUUCAAACGUCCUGUUGUAAAGUUGGUUAAAUUGCCUGUGAAUGAUGUAGGGGCCGAUGGAGAAGACGAUCAUCCCGUUUAA